CACACUGCGAGCUCGGCGGUCACGAGGGCAAAGGAGAGGUGACGUCAGCCUUCCGACCCAGGGAACAAUCAGAGCGUUCUGGAGCCAAAUGGUCCUGGAGCUGUAAUACGUUCAGCAUAGCCAAGCCACCGCCGCGGCGCUGCCGACUUUCAAAUUCACCUAGCAAUCAUUUAUUUUCCUGUUGAUUUUUCCCUCCUACUUUGUUUUCCUCUGGUCACGUAGAGCGUAGAAUUUAUAAAUCAGGUUUAUCGACACCAGUCUUCGUUUCAUUCAACUUUUGUGAAGUGGGUUUCAGUUGUGGUGAUAUUUGUUCGGGUGUGAACUUCAUCUCAACACUACCACGCAGGUUUUACCGGGACGUGUGGAAGCUGUAUGGGCUGCGAUGAAGAGUCUUAAAGCGAAGUUCCGGAAAAGCGACGCUCACGAGUGGAGUAAGAACGACGAGCGGUUGCUGGCGGCAGUGGAGCAUGGAGAAGCAGACAAGGUCUCCGCCCUGCUGGCCAAGAAGGGCGCCAGCGCCACCAAGCUGGACGGGGACGGAAAAUCAGCUCUGCACGUGGCGGCCAUGCGGGGACAGACAGAAUGCCUGGCGCUGAUUCUGGCGCACGGAGUCGACGCUUCGCUGACGGACGGUUCCGGUUUCAGUGCUUUACACCUUGCUGCCAAAAAUAACCACCAGGAGUGUGCCAAGAGGCUGAUCCAGGGUAAAUGUGUCAUUGACAUGCUGGACAGCUCAGGGAAGACUGCUCUUCACCACGCGGCGGCCAGUGGGAGUGUCCUUAUUGCCCAGCUGCUCUGUGAGCACAAGAGUCCUGUGAACCUGAAGGAUGCGGAGGGCUUCACUCCGUUGCUGUUGUCUGCUCGCCAUGCCCAUGCGGACGUGUGCCGGACCCUGAUGGACUGGGGAGCCGAUGUGAACGCCUGUGACAAGAGUGGCAGGACUGCGGUGAUGUUGGCCAGUGAGAGCAGCAGUGCCGCUGCGGUGGAGAUGCUGGUGCAGAGGGGAGCAGGCCUGCUGAUGGUGGACUCUCUGGGCCACGAUGUCCUGCACUACGCUAAGCUCUCGGGCAGCUCCCAGAUCAAAGCUCUCCUCUCCAGUGCACUACAGCGCCUCAGAAAGGACUCCGAUACGAUGUCGCCAAAACCAGUCCAGCAUGAUUCGCUGGCUCUGGGGGACGGAGACAGGAGCACCACUCCCAAAAAGCGGAAAGCCCCGCCCCCUCCUUUUAGCCCCAUUCAGAGUCCUCAGCUGGCUGAAAUGGCGUCUCCCCCUUACCUGACCCCGAACCAAACCCCAACAUCGAGCACGAACGUCACGCCCAGGAAGUUUAAUUACCCGGAGGAUGAACUGAAGAGCGAGGUGCUGAAGGACGAGAUCGAGAAGUUGCAGGAGGAGAAGAGCAUGCUGCUGGAGACCAUCGAAGAUCUGAAGCAGAUCGUAGAGCAAACGCAGCCCAAGGCAGGGAAUUGUGGGAGUGAUGAGCCGUCCUUGGUAGCGACGCUGCAGGCGAAGGUUGCUGCCCUUUCUCUGGAAAACCAGCAGCUUGCUCACAUCCUGAAGAAACGCCAGGGGGACGAGGUCCAGGACCACUCGCGACCCAACAGCAUCGACUCCAACGCCUCCUACCACUCCACCAACGCCGAGUUUGACCCCCCCAGCCAGGACAAAGAGUUCUCCCCAAAAAAGGCUGAGGAGGAGGGGAAGGGAGGGAGCGAGGAGGAGAUCCGGCACCUGAGGGAGGCGCUGGGGAGCCUCCAGGCCAAGCUGCAGGAGUCCCAGCAGGAGAACCGCACCCUGCAGGAGGCGCAGGCUCUGCAGGAGGAGCUGAGGCUGAAGGAGGCGCUGGAGCAGGAGGUGCAGGAGCUGCGGGAGCAGCUGGAGCGGGCACGGGCGGAGCAGGAGCGGGACGGCCAGCGAAUGGGAGCCCUGCAGGCUCAGCUGGAGGGCGGGGCCGACCGUGUGAGCUCUGAGGAGGUGGAGGAUUUAAAGACCUCCUACACCACGCUGGUGGAGAGCCUGACGCUGGAGAAGGCCCAGCUGGCCAGCAGCUACAAGGAGGCGCAGGAGGAGGUGAAGAUGCUGCAGGAGGCGCUGCAGGGGACCGUCCCCGUGGAGGCCGCCGCCCGGGACUUUGAGGAGAUGAAGGUGGAGCUUGGGCGGGUGAUUGACGGGCUGCAGAAGAGGCUGCUGGAGCUGUCGCAGUCGUACAGCGAGGCCCAGGGCGAGCUGAACUCCGCCCGCUCCCAGCUGGAGGCCUGCGCCACGCCCGACCCGGAGCUGCAGGCGCUGCGGCGCCAGGCCGAGGAGGCGCAGGAGGAGAUCGCCCUCCUCAGGCGGGAGGCGGAAGCGCAGGCCCAGGCCACCGUGGCGCUGGCUGACCACACCCAGGUGGUGGCGUCGCUGGGGGCUGCGCUGAAGGAGGCGGAGUCUCGGGAGGAGGCGCUGAAGGAGCGUCUGGCGGAGCGGACGCUGCAGGUGGAGGCGCUGAAGGAGCGGCUGACGGUGGAGAAGGACGCCACGCCCGACGACUCUGUGUCCCGCCUGGAGCACCAGCAGAUGCAGGAGGCCCUGGAGGCCCAGGUGUCCCAGCUCACCCUGCUGCUGCAGGACGCGCUGCGCAAGCAGGACGAGAUGGCCCUGGAGACGGCGGCGGCCUGGCAGGAGGCGCGGGACGGGAGGAGCGAGAGGGAGGCGCUGAGGGAGCAGCUGGAGGCCAGCGAGCGGGAGAGGGCCCAGCUCAACAGCAGGAGCCGAGCCGCUCAGGAGACCGUCGCUGACAUGCGCUCCAGAGCAGAGGCCCUCCUGUCCUCUGAGCAGGACAAGAAGAAGAAGAUCGAGGAGCUGAAUAAGGAGGUGAGUCGGCUGAAGGAGGCGCUGAACAGCCUCUCGCAGCUCUCCUACGCCCCCAAGAGGCAGACCUCCCAGGUGGAGACCCUGCAGCAGCAGGUGAAACAGCUGCAGUACCAGCUGACGGAAUCUAAGAAGCAGCACCAUGAGAUCGUGUCGGUCUACAGAAUGCACCUGCUCUACGCCGUCCAGGGCCAGAUGGAUGAAGACGUGCAGAAGGCUUUGAAACAGAUACUGAUGAUGUGCAAGGUGCCCACAGAAGCCAAGUGAGACUGCGGAGUUAAAGUUUACAUACUGCCUGAGACAGACGGAGCGUGCUGUCUCUCUGCCCAAAACGUACCCGUGCACUGACCCCAUCCCGCAAGAACCGCAGGACUGAGCCCCGCUGUCGGACAGUCCUGGGGCCGUCCUUAAAUGUCCCUGACUGGGGCUGUCCCUAACAGAGACCCUCAGCCCACAGAACUGGAACGGUAGCACCGAAUCAACCCUUCUGUGUGCAGCAGCUCUGAAGCAGAGAAUCGUGGGAGAUGUAGUCCCUGCAGCUCACCGACAGACCCCUGGGUGUGCUUGACAUGUUAAUUUGGUGAUUACGUGGUUAAAAUUCACAUUUAAAAUAUUUUAAUACGUAUUUUCAAAAAAAUUUAAAAAAGAAGUUAUUUAUUUUUUGAUUGUUGAAAAAGUGCAGUUAUGCAUUUCAAAAAUUUAAAAAAAGCACAUUCAAUGUAUGAGAAGUUCCUCAGACCUCUGAAAAUGCAUGGUUUUUAUGCUGUUUCUAUUAACAUUUUCCUAUUAGCAUGUACAUUUAUAUAAAAAUCAAUAUUUUACAGAGUAUGCCUGUUUUGUAGCUACUCAUACUUUUUUGACUUUCAGACGAGGAAAGAGUGUAGUGUAGAGUGUAGUUGUAUUUUUAUAAUAUUCCUUAGUUUGUGCGUUUUUGCAUUUUGAAUAAAGCGGUUGUGUGUUGGGCAUAAUAUCGACCCCAGAUUUUGUAGUCUGAUGGAGGAACGUGGUGGAAGGUUGGGACCCCAACACCUUUCCGUAGUGCGCCCCUUUGUAACACCUUCAGAACUGAGUAGUGUUAACCCUUUAGAGCCCUUUUCUCAGCCGAACGCCCCAGGCUGUAUUAACGCUGGUAUUUAUUUAGCGGUCAAGUACUUGAAAGAUGUGGUUUAGAAGUUCCGGAAGCCCUCAGAGGGCAGAACCGUAAAAACGUUGGCAUGGCAACCGCGGAGGUCCUGGCUGCACGGUGGCCACCAGCGCAGUCACGUACAGUAGCGUGUGCAGUAGCGUGUUCAGCCGUGUACUGUAGCGUGUGCAGUAGCGUGUACUGUAGCGUGUGCAGCCGUGUACUGUAGCGUGUGCAGUAGCGUGUACUGUAGCGUGUGCAGUAGCGUGUUCAGCCGUGUACUGUAGCGUGUGCAGUAGCGUGUACUGUAGCGCGUGCCCGUGUCUGCACAGCGUCGCCAACGCUGCCCGCCACACGUGUACUGAGGGAAAAAACAUGUCAGUAUUCUCUGUAGGCUGAUUUUUUUACUUGCAAUAUUGUUAGAGGAAAGAGGAAUGAUUAGUGUGUUAUAAACAUUACUGCGUGCACACACACACACUCGCCCACAUGCACGUGAACACACGCACGCACGCACACACACACUACACACACACUCGCCCACAUGCACGUGAACACACGUGCGCACGCACGCACGCACACACAUGGGGCGACAUAGCUCAGGAGGUAAGAGCGGUUGUCUGGCAGUCGGAGGGUUGCCGGUUCGAUCCCCACCCCGGGUGUGUCGAAGUGUCCCUGAGCAAGACACCUAACCCCUAACUGCUCUGGUGAAUGCGAGGCAUCAAUUGUAAAGCGCUUUGGAUAAAAGCGCUAUAUAAAUGCAGUCCAUUUACGCACGCACGCGCGCACACACGCACACACACACACACACAGGGUACCUGCACACUAAAGCGCAGUGCUGGUUGGGGUUUAGGGUUCUGUGGGUCUUGUUUAGCAGCUGAGUCAGGUACUGCAACUCAGCCAUUUCAUUCAAAUACAGCUUCACUCAUCUGCUUCAGUAUAAACAGCUUCAUUUAUCAACUUCAGUAUAAACAGCUUCAUUUAUCAACUUCAGUAUAAACAUCUUCAUUCAUCUGCUUCAGUAUAAACAGCUUCAUUCAUCAACUUCAGUAUAAACAGCUUCAUUCAUCAGCUUCAAUAAAAACAGCUUCAUUCAUCAGCUUCAAUAAAAACAACUUCAUUUAUGAGCUUCAAUAAAACCACUUCAUUUAUGAGCUUCAGUGAAAACAGCUUCACUUUUCAGCUUUGGUAAAUAGUUAAUCAGCUUCAGCACAAACAGUUGCAUGUGUUCAUGUGCCAUUGCAGAUUAUUGCCGUUUAGGCCGUCCUGCACUAGAGCCCUGCUUGGCACAGAGGGAUGUGCAGAAAGCUCUUCAGCCUUGUGUAAACAGCAAUCUGUAAGCCUUGCGUUAUGGUUGAACAAAUAUUGACUGUUCAACAAGCAGUUCAGCAUGAAUUACGUUUACUUCAUAAUACAUAUUACAUUAACUAACAGUGUAGCUAACAUGAGCUAAUGUAUCUACGCCUGUUUUACAUUUUCAAAGAGUGGUUUGACAGCAGAGUGGGUGUGUUCAACUACAGAUAAAGUGUGUUACCUGGAACCAAUUAUUCAGUUUACUUCCUCAAAACCAUAACAUUACAAGAAUAACAUGCCAGUGCUGGCUUAAAUGGCCUUAUGAACCUUCUUUAGUGUUGAAAUGUUCAGUUUUUUUUCUGAGCAGGUUUGUACUGGAAGAUGAAUGUUGUUGAACGCACCUCCGGAGCGCAGGCGACCGUGCUGGAUGCCCCGUGUGUUGUACAGUAGCAGUGACGCACACUGCAGUGUGCUGUGCAGUGCAGUUGCAGUGACGCUCACUGCAGUGUGCUGUGCAGUACAGUUGCAGUGACGCUCACUGCAGUGUGCUGUGCAGUACAGUAGCAGUGACGCUCACUGCAGUGUGCUGUGCAUAGCAGUGACGCACACUGCAGUGUGCUGUGCAGUGCAGCGCAGGCAGUCGUCUUUAACACGAGUCCCCAGUGCAGGGUUAGGACCUCACAUGCACCUGCUGCAGUUAAAAGCAGAUGCUUGUGCAUGCUGUGCACGGGUCCCUGUGCGCAGUGCCUGGGUCCCUGUGCGCAGUGCCUGGGUCGCUGUGCGUAGUGCCUGGGUCGCUGUGCGUAGUGCCUGGGUCGCUGUGCGCAGUGCCUGGGUCGCUGUGCGCAGUGCCUGGGUUAGUGUAAUGGGAGGAAUGUCUGUUAUUUUCAUAUUGACCGCCUGUUCGCCCUGUUUAAAUCUCCCGAAGGCGGACAAAUUGUCCUCACACCGCGCAGCACGGAUCCUCAGCCUUAAGCGACACUCAGCACAAGGUGAUGAACGAGUGAACGCAUUGAUGAAUGAGUGAAGUUGUACUGUAACCCAGGAGCAUUUCCCAGCAGGCUUUGCUUGCUUAAUUUUUGUAACAGGAAAUGGCGAUGGAGUGGGGAUGAGGAAUUGGGUGGGUGGGGUGGGGGGAGGGGUGGAUUUAUGUAGAGGCUGAACUGUCUAGGCUGUACAAGUAUUUUGAAAGAAGGGAUUUUUUGAGUGCUACCUUUUUUAAUGAAAUAGAAAAAAAAUGUUUCUGUUUGCCAAUUUUUUCCCCCCAACUAUUACAAGCAUUUCUGAAUUAAUAAAACUGUUAUAGAACUCUG